GAUGGCCGAGGGAAAAGCAGCCGAGUUGGCAGCGACCCCUCAGCCUAGUACUCCGAGUACGCUCUCAGACGCGCCCCGGAUAGCCGCCGCUCGCACUUUCAGGCCUGACGCGGAUGUGCGGAAUCUCUUUGCGAUGAGGCCAGCGCGCUCGGCAACACUGGCGUUGCAGAAGAGAGCCGAGAAUCCCAUGAGCCGCUGCUGACACGCCGGGAGAAGGAGAGCAGAAAGCCGGUGGUGGGGAGGAGGCUGCGGCUUCUGCUUCCCGGAGAAGCACCAUGCCGCUGGCAAUCUGGCUGCUGGGACUCAUGUGUCACCUUGCUGGACUCGCCUGGAGCUUGCACAUGCAUCGACUGCACCCAAAGCAAGAAAGUUUCGUCAGGCAGCUGUCCGCGUAUGAAAUAGUAACGCCGGUUCGCGUGAACGAUUUCGGCGAGUCGUUCCCGCAGCAGCGGCACUACCGGCGCAGGCGGAGGAGCGCGGACUCGGACCUGGCGGCGGCGCUGCGCGCGCACUACCGCAUCGAGGCGUUCGGCGAGCGCUUCCACCUUAACCUGAGCGCCGACGCGGCCUUCAUCGCGCCCUCCUACGCAGUGACGCACCUGGGCGCGCCGGAGAGCCGAGGACACGACCCCGGGGACAUGCGACACUGUUUCUUCCAAGGACACGUCAAUGGACAACGCCAGCACCGCGCUGUCUUCAGCCUGUGCACCGGCCUCAUUGGUACAUUUACAACCCACAGUGGAGAAUACUUCCUAGAACCUUUAAUGACAGCUGAUGAGGAGGAGUAUGAGGAAGAACACAACAAACCUCAUCUGGUAUACAAGCACGAGAGGAAGAAGAAGCACGACAACAACACAUCUGAGCCUUGUGCAUCUUCAGAUCACAUGAAAGAUCAUAAUCAUUUCCAUAGCAAUGGAAGCAUUGAAGAAGGGGUUAAUUCAGUAUGGGAAGCUAUGGACAAACAUCUGCCUGGUAUGCAACUGUCAACCUCCAAAAAUCAUCCCAGUGGCAGCAGGAGAAAGCGCUUCCUGUCUUAUCCGCGCUUCGUGGAACUGAUGGUCACGGCAGACGCCAAGAUGGUGCGGCACCACGGACGCAAUCUGGAGCACUACAUUCUGACAAUCAUGUCAGUAGUAGCUGCUGUUUACAAAGAUCCUAGCGUUGGAAACCUCAUCAAUAUCAUGAUUGUCAAACUGAUCAUUAUUCACAAUGAACAGGAAGGACCAAAUGUCAACCGCUAUGCUGCUGCGACGCUACACAACUUCUGUGUGUGGCAACAAAGUCAAAAUGUUCUGGAUGACAGUCAUCCCUCUCAUCAUGACACUGCUCUGCUCAUCACCAGGGAGGAUAUCUGUCGGGAAAAAGACAAGUGUGACACAUUAGGUCUGGCAGAGCUGGGUACAAUGUGUGACCCAUAUCGGAGCUGCUCCAUCAGCGAAGAGAAUGGUCUGAGCUCCUCCUUCACCAUUGCCCAUGAGCUGGGCCAUGUCUUCAACAUGCCUCACGACAACCACCCAAAGUGCCGGGAAGCAGGAAUGAAGCAUCAGUAUCAUGUCAUGGCCCCGACUCUGAACUACGACACCAGCCCAUGGUCCUGGUCCAAGUGCAGCCAAAAGUACAUCACAGAGUUUCUAGAUACUGGUUAUGGGGAGUGUUUGUUGGAUGAACCAGUUGGCAGGUCCUACGACCUCCCUGUCAAGCUCCCGGGUCAAAUCUACAAUGCUAAUCGGCAGUGUGAACUCAUGUUUGGACCAGGCUCCCAAGUCUGCCCGUUCAUGAGACAGUGUAAGAGGCUUUGGUGCACGAGCUCCGAAGGGGACCAUAAAGGCUGCCGCACACAGCACAUGCCCUUGGCCGACGGAACUGAAUGUGGACAUGGGAUGCACUGUAGGCAUGGUAUGUGUGUAAACAGAGAGAUGGAGACGAGGCCGGUGCAUGGUGAGUGGGGACCAUGGGGACCCUACAGUGUGUGUUCCAGGACCUGUGGUGGUGGUACACGCAGCACAUCUAGAGACUGCAACAGACCUGAGCCGAGGAAUGGCGGGCGCUUUUGCGUCGGACGCCGCAUGAAAUUCCGCUCCUGUAACACAGAGCCGUGUCCAAGGGGCCGGAGAGACUUUAGAGAGGAGCAGUGCUCACAGUUUGAUGGCAAACAUUUCAACAUCAGUGGCCUACCUUCCACUGUCCGCUGGGUGCCCAAAUACAGUGGCAUCCUCAUGAAGGAUCGAUGUAAGCUGUUCUGUCGUGUUGCUGGGACGAUGUCCUACUACCAGCUGCAAGAUCGAGUGGUUGAUGGAACUCCUUGUGGUCCAGACACUUAUGACAUCUGUGUUCAAGGCCUUUGCAGGCAAGCAGGUUGUGAUCAUGUUUUGAACUCCAAGGCCAGGAAUGAUAAGUGUGGAGUGUGUGGAGGGGACAACUCCUCCUGUAGGACUGUCGCUGGCACCUUCAACAAUGCACAAUAUGGUUAUAAUGUUGUGGUCCGAAUCCCAGCUGGUGCAACCAACAUUGAUAUAAGGCAGGUCAGCUACUCAGGAACUCCAGAAGAUGAUAACUACCUUGCUCUUUCUGACAGCCAGUCAAACUUCCUGCUGAAUGGGAACUUUGUCGUCUCCAUGUUUAAAAGAGAAAUCUCCUUAAAAGGAACGCAGAUUGAGUACAGUGGUUCCAACACCACAGAGGAGCGCAUCAACUGCACUGAGCGUGUGGAAGAGGAGCUCAUUCUACAGGUGUUGUGUGUGGGGAACCUGUAUAGUCCUGAUGUACGUUAUUCCUUUAACAUUCCUAUAGAGGAACACCAAGAGCAGUUUGUGUGGGACCCCUCAGGCCCCUGGCAGGAGUGCAGCCGCAUGUGCCAAGGAGAGCGGCGGAGAAAACCAGUGUGUGUACGUAAGAGUGAUCGCCUGGUGGUUUCAGAUCAGAGGUGUGAGCAUCUUCCUCGACCAAGGGCAGUUAUGGAGUCUUGCAAUAUAGACUGUGAACUUAGGUGGCAUGUGGCGGGUAAGAGUGAGUGCUCCACUAAGUGUGGGCCUGGGUAUCGUACGCUAGAAGUGCUGUGCAUGCGCUACAGCCAGGUGAAGAGAGAGAGUGAGAGAGUGGAAUUUCGAGCGUGUGCCGAUCUGGCUAAACCUCAGAGCCGUGAGCCCUGCCAUGGAGACUGUCUACUGAAGAGCUGGCAGUACAGCGCCUGGUCUCAGUGUUCUAAGAGCUGUGGGCGAGGCACCCGUACACGUGACUCCUACUGCAUGAAUAACCUCGGCCGCAGACUGGCAGAGCGUGAGUGUAGCGAGUACCAGAGAGCUGUCUCUGAACCCUGUAAUGACACGCCAUGUCCUGACUGGUCCAUCAGCGAGUGGACAGAGUGCACAGUGACGUGUGGGAAGGGAGUGAAGCGCAGACAGGUGUUCUGUGUUUUGGCAGAGGAGAGGCUCAACGAUGAGCUGUGUGAUCCCAACAGCAAACCCCGCACCAUAAGCAGCUGUAUGCACUCAGAGUGCGCUUCCUGGCAGGUUGGCGCCUGGAGCACGUGUGCUGUGACCUGUGGCCAUGGAUACCAAAUGCGAGCAGUGAGGUGUGUGUCUGGUGCUUAUGGCAAGACCAUGGAUGAUAGAGAGUGUAAUGCAGCGUCAAGACCACGAGAUAGCCAGGAAUGUGAGUUGCCAGCCUGUCCUCGAACAUCAUUAGCACUCAGCACACCACGACCUGCAUCAUCUGGACACUUACACACUCAGUGGAGAUUUGGGUCCUGGACUACAUGCUCUGUCUCCUGUGGGAAGGGUGAGAGAGCACGGUAUGUCAGCUGCAGAGACUCUCAAGGACGAAUAGCUGAUGAGGCUUACUGCGCCCAUCUUCCUCGACCUCCAGAAACCUCAGCAUGCUUCAGCCCCUGUGGCCAAUGGAGAGAGGGAGAGUGGUCACCUUGCUCUGUGUCGUGUGGUGUGGGUCGUGCUACAAGGCAGGUGGUGUGUAUGAACUACAACCAGCAGGUAGAUGAGUCUUUUUGUCACCUGGAUGAGAAGCCCAGCUCUGAGCAGGAGUGUGCCGCAGCCCCAUGCCACUCAGCCUACCAGCUCUGGCCCAAUAACCAGCCCUACCUCCCCCCUGACCCUCGCAGUCAUCCAGGGCACAGUAGCUGGAACGUUCCCUCGGCAGACCACCAGUGGAGGACCGGGCCCUGGGGAUCAUGCUCCAGUACGUGUGAGGGGGGCUUCCAGAGGAGAGUGGUGGUGUGUCAGGACUCAGAGGGCCGCAGCACUAAUUACUGCGACGAGAGAGUCAAACCUAGUGAAUCAAAGAGCUGUGACUCAGGACCUUGUCCUCUGUGGAACUACGGUAUCUGGGGAGAGUGUAGUCUGUCAUGUGGUGGCGGGCAGCGAACUCGGCUAGUAGUGUGUCAGCGUCCGAAUGGGCAGAGGCUGAACGAACACAACUGUGACAUGCUCGACAAACCCCCCGAUGUGGAGCGGUGCAAUAUGCAGCCGUGCCCCGGCAGCGCUUCCUGGCACAGGCGACCAUGGAAGCCGUGUUCUGUGACUUGUGGCAAGGGGACUAUACAGAGGGAACUGGUCUGUGUUUACCACAACCAGACUGAAACAGAGGAAGAGCACUGCGCACAUCUUCCCCGACCCAAGACACGCAAACUAUGCAGGGCAGGACCAUGUCCCAGCUGGAAAACCAACAAGUGGCAAGCGUGCACAGUCACUUGUGGGGUUGGAGUGCAGAAACGUGAUGUGUACUGUAGGUUGAAAGGCAAAGGUCGUGUAGGGGAAGACAUGUGUGAUGCUCAUCUCCGUCCCAGCAGUUUGCAGCAGUGUUUGUCUCCUGAGUGCCAUGGCUAUAGCUGGUCAGCCAAUGAGUGGCAGGAGUGUAACGCUACAUGUGGAGAAGGUAUGAGACAUAGGACGGUCCUUUGUGUGGAUGGAGUGAAGAAUCCUGUCUCCGAGAGUCUCUGUGACCCCUCAAGCAGACCUGAACUUUAUCAGCCUUGCAUCAGUGCCCCCUGUCAGUACGUCUGGGUAACUGCAACAUGGACACAGUGUUCUGUGAGUUGUGGAGCAGGUUACCAGCAGAGGAUGGUGUCAUGCACUGCAGUACCUUCUGCUCCCAACCUGCAGGUGUUUGGGGCUCAGUCGUAUACCCAGGUUUUGUCUUCUAAGUGCCCACAGCCUCCUCCACCAAACACGCAACCAUGCCAGCUCACAGUAUGCCUAUUGCCUGUGUACUGGAAAGUUGGUCCAUGGAGCAAGUGUUCUCAGACUUGUGGUGCUGGAGUGAUGCAGAGGACGGUCGAGUGUCUCAACGAUAAACAUCUCCCCUCUAAAAACUGCUCAUUAUCCACCCGACCUCAUUCUCAGGCGGCCUGCACACAGAGACAUUGUGAACUGGCCUCCAACUGCAAGGAGCUACAGAUGAGAGAAGGCAUUAGAAAAGAUGGCGAACAUCACCUCCAAGUUAAAUCGAGAGUUCUCCAGAUUUACUGUGCAGAAAUGCAGACCAGCUUUCCAAAAGAGUAUGUGACCCUACGCAGUGGUCACACUGACAAUUACUCAGAGGUGUAUGGAUACAGGCUGAAUAACCCCUUUGAGUGUCCGCAUAAUGGCAGCAGACGUCAGGACUGUGCUUGCAGAAAUGACUAUCCUGCAGUGGGCUACACUCUGUUCCACAGAGUGAGACUGGACCUCAGCACCAUGCGAAUAAUCACCACAGAUGUGCAGUUUUCUAAAACCCUUCUUGGCCACCCUGUUCCCUUUGGCAGUGCUGGGGACUGUUACAGUGCUGCUAGAUGCCCUCAGGGUCAGUUCAGCAUCAAUCUCACUGGAACAGGACUGAAAGUGGCUGAAUUGACUAAGUGGGUACCUCAAGGCAACUAUGUCUCGAUCAAAGUCCAUCGAUCAGAGGAUGGAACACGAAUCUACGGGCGCUGUGGAGGAUUCUGUGGAAAGUGUCUGCCUCAUCCUCAUACUGGCCUCCUUGUCCAGGUCCAGUGAAAGACACUCAGAUCAAGUCUGCAAGUGCGCACAUGAAAAUUUCCAUCAGGGUCUUAGCAUUGCUGGAAUGUUUAUUUUGUGAAAAAUUAUCACGUAUACUAGACUGCAUGAAUGCAUGUGAAGAACUGUUGGUCUAUACAUGUAAACGCAUUUUACAUGCAUAUGACCACUGUGGUUUACCUUGCAGGUGUACUGAGGCGUCAUGUCUCUCUUUAAUGGGACAUGUCCUGCACACUCUGUGUUGCUCUUUGGCAACUCUGGUUAAUGAUCAGGACUGUAGUGAGCCACAGCUCAAGUCUCCUUCCAUAAUUCCCAGGAGAAAUGUCACGUCCUCCUUCAAGCGCUCACAAGCACAGUGUCUGUGCUGAGUCAGAACUACAGACAAGAAGUGUCAAAAAUUAAUAAUAAUAUAUAACAUGCACAAUAUCAUAUAUCAAUAUUGUUAUAUUGUGCCUGCGUCUUCCAGCAUUGCUUAUGGUCCCAAUAUAAAUCAUAUCCUAUCUGGAAGGCAUAAUUUUAGUCAAAUUUUAGUCAAAUUUACUAUACAACAGUUUCUUUAAACCUUGAAAACAACCCGCACUCUGAUGAAACUAUGAUUAAAGGGUAUCAAAAAGCUGUGAUUAUAGGUUAGACAAUUAUUGGAGCAGGAACAUUUAAUAUCAGUACAUGCAUACUGGAAAACAGACUCUUCCCUCCAUGGUAAGGGUUUGUUAUAAUACUGUAACCUCUUGUCUUGUUAUAGGACAGGCUCAUCUCAUACCACACAAGUAUUUAUUCCUAACCAGGGAAAACUGCAGAAAUGUAGUCAGUCAGUAUGCAAAUACACUGAUUAAAGUAUAAGUUCAAAGCAAGGAAAAGCUGCCAAAGGCUUUCAUAAAAGGAAUAGCGUUUCUGUUGUUUUAUUGUAACCGAACAAUGUUUUCUUUCAUAUUCAUCAAGUAGGUGAUCUAAGGGGUUGACUUUUUUACACUUAUGUAUUACGUAUGCAUUCGCAUAUUACAGACUUAGCAAUCAUUUGGACAACUUAUCCUCCAAAAGGGUUGUGGAAAUAUUUGGCUCCAAGGCCUAGCCAGGAGGGGAAAAAAAAUGGAACUACUGAAAGACUGUCCCCUCUAUUAAUGUGUGACAACACUGACUGAGGGGUAGUAGAUAGAUUUUUAUAAAACUGUAAUAUUUUUGUUUCAUUAAACAUAUUUUAAAAGAGUAGAAUACCCUGACAACAGCAAAUAGCUGGAUCUGAAAAUGAACAUAGCAAAAAAAUAGUGUUUGUGUUCUCACUGACCAACGUGAGUGUUCACAUUAUCCUAAUGAUCAUUCUAAGUUAGGAUUCAAAGUUAUAAUCGCACCACACAGCAAAGCACUGUAAAGAACUGUGAAGUAAAUCUGCUGUGGGGUGGAAGGAAAUGUAAAUCAAAUUUAUCGCUGUUGUGUAUAUAGCCAAGAAAGUGAAUAACCUGUGGGGAAAUAUAAUUAUAAAAAUUAUUUUAUUAUGAAAAACAGAUUUUCCCUGCUACCCCAGUGUUGUUGCAAUUUGAUGUACUUUACAAUGUGAUGGCCGUUGUAAAACCGAAAAAAACUCAUACAAUCAAUUGUUACAUUGGUUAUAUCAUUUUAUUCAACCAAUAAAGUAAUUAAUUUAGCUAGUUAUUUGUAUUUCAGAUGCAGAUCGUCUGUCAUAACCAGUGAUAGAAUAACAAUCUGACCCUACCUCCUACAAAGUUGGUUAUUCAAAAUAUGUAUUUUUUCUAUAUGUUUCUGUAUUUUUCCUGCUAUUUAUGUAUGACAAUAUUUAUAUUGUAAUGAUGUGUGUAGAUAUGUACAUUGUUUUGUUGCUAUGACUACUACCAAUGGCAAACCCUUAGGUUUCACUGUAUGUUACAGAAAUGGCAUUACUUUUUUUUUUUUUUUUGAUUAACUUUCUAAAGGAGUAUUAAAUUGCUGGUGCUUUUUACUACUGAAAUUACCUCUACAGUUGAGUUUAAAAUAAGAGAUCUAGAGGUUCUUAUUAUUAUCUACAUAGCAGAGACUUGUGGUACAUGUAAUUUCAUGCUCAGGUGUGGUGUUGGCAUGUUAACUGAGUGUGUUGCACCACAUGUAACAGCUGCCACUUUGCCUUUGAUGUUAGUUUGUCAGUGGCAGUAACCAGAAGGCUUUUGGAAACAAACUGAUCUGGCACUAUACUUAGACCAAAGUCUUGUCUUGUAGGUGCAUGUACUCCAAUCAAGGGACCUUCCCAUGUAAUUUCAGUUUAUUUCGAUUUAAAAGAGCAGUAGAAUCAGUCUUAUAGAAAUGUGCGAGCAGCUAACAAAACAUUGGUUAUUGUUGUUUUGAUAGGCAACUGAACUCUGAGGUCUGUAUCAGAAAUAAAACAAUUACUAGAUGCACAAUGUGCCAAGAAAUGUGUAGAAAUUGAACAUGUCACUUUCAUAUUCAUAUAAUAACAGUUUAAAAUUGUAACUUUUUUUUUAACAUGUAUACUUGAAAUGCAAAUAAUGCAUACUGAUCAUGUCUAGGUACUAUGGUGAAAUGAAACAAUGGGCCCAUUGGCCAUGUAUUAUCCAAAGAUGUUUUACAGAGGCCUAUUUUACCUGUGUAUGUUUGAUGUGUAGAGUUUUUAUAAUGAAAUCAUGAAUUUUGAUGCUAUGUAUAGUAGUAAGAAAGGAUAUAUGAUCAAUCCUGUAAGACCUGCCACUGUACUAACUCUAAUUUAAAAGAGCAAUAAAAUGAAUGAAGUUUAA